UGGAAAUUCAGCCCAACGACUCGCAGAUCGCGUGCCAUUGAAUUCGUGCGCAGCGUACGCAGCGAGGAAGCCCCUUUUCUUUCCGACAUCCAGGGACGACCCGAAGUGAACGAAACCAACUGGUGCCGCACAGCCUCAGCUGUACAUCUCAAAUCUCAAGACCAGUCUCUUCCAUCGCAACACCUUUCCAAGAACCUACCUACAUACACCAGUCCCCCCCAAAGGAAAAAAAAUGAACUUCACAACCCACCUCCUAACCACCACCCAACCCCUCUACCUCUCCUCCACAACCUCCGCCUUCCUCGCCGCCGCCGCCCGCGGACAAGUCCCAAAACCCAUCCUCGGCCGCUGGCUCGCAAACGACAGGCUCUACAUCCACGCCUACAUCAAAGGCGCAAGCCGGCUCCUCGCGCUGCUGGACCUCCCCGACGUCGUCGCCACUGCUCCCGAAGCAGGAGGUCAAGAUGCCUCCGAGCUUGACGCUGGCUCUGUCCCCGUGACGGAGAGACUCCUCGCCUGGCUGAUCAAAGCCCUCGUCAACGUCCGCCGCGAAGAGAAAUUCUUCAUCGACGUUGCUUCGCGCUUCGGUGUCGAUGUCAACUUGCCUACUGCGCACACGUCCGAGAGUGGUAGUGCUGGUAGUGACCGGCGGGUAAGCAGCGAAGACAAGAACGCAGGCCUACGCGCCUUUGAAAGACUCUUCAGCGCCAUCGACAUCACACCUUCUCAAAGUGCACUUCUCCCCUGGCUCGCUCCCGCUGUCCUCUUCUGGGCAACAGAGAAAUGCUAUCUCGAAGCCUGGUCCGGCGCAAAGGCCAUGAUUCCUUCGUCUGCCUAUGAUACCUCUACCUCUGCCUCUGACGCAGACCGAGCAACCAACACAGACCUAGACGGCGGCGCCCUAAGAACAGAAUUCAUCCCCAACUGGUCCAGCCCCGAAUUCAGAGCCUUUGUAGACCAACUCGCUGCCAUCAUCGACGACGGCGUAAACGAAGCCAUCCGGCAGCACGGCGAGGCAGCAAUCAAGCCCGAGCUGGAGCGAGCUUCGGCGACGUGGAGGGAGGUCUUGUUAGCGGAGAACAACUUUUGGCCUGAAGAGAUGGAGGAGGGUGGGUCGAGGGAGGUUCCCUCUGAUUAAAGCUCACGUUCAUCAGACCCUCACUUUCAACUGUGUACUGAAUUAAGCUAUGUCAUUACCCGAUCCCAUGACCUUAGUAGCCAGAGCAAUCCCCAGAGCUCAGUAUCC